AUGGGGAUCUCCCUCACAGGAAGUGUAGCAGCACUGCUGCUCCUCGUGGGGUCCUGCAUGAUUGUCUCUUCCCAGAAUCCUCGGCAUGAGAAGUUCCUGAGGCAGCACAACGACUUCCCGCGAACCAAAGUGUUGGGGCAGGAUUACUGUGAGGCCAUGAUGGCACGCAGGGGAAUGUCCAGACCAUGCAAAGGCACCAACAGUUUCGUCCACGCACCGAGGAACCAGCUGAAGGACAUCUGCACCUGGGCCGGCAGUCACUACCGCCGGGCCCUACGGCUCAGCCGGGCACAAUUAUCCGUCACGACCUGCAAGCUGCAGGGGGCUCUGCGGGGCCAGUGCCACUAUUGGGCCCACACAGGGCAAAGGCACAUCCUUAUUGGCUGUGACCCAUCCGGAUGGCCCAUUCAUUUUGAAGAGAGCAACUUCAUGUAG